AUGACCUCAACAACGGCAGUACAGCACCUUGCUGCCAUCAUACCUCAGAAAGGCGGUCCUUUCGAAAUAGUUUACAGGCGAACCCCUACACCGGGUCCCGAAGAACUGCUCAUAGAAGUCCACUCUAUUGCAUGUAAUCCAAUCGAUCAUUACAUGCGCGAUCAUGGCUUCGUGAUUACUUCCUACCCCGCAAUUCCCGGCUCCGACAUUUCUGGCAUCGUCAUUGCUGCCGGUUCAUCUGUGCCAGCUAUUGCACCAAAAAUCGGAACCCGUGUGACAGCUUUUGCGCCGGCCUUCUUCACGCAAGGUGAUCCGGAUCAUGGAGCAUUUCAGAAGAAAGUUCUUGUGCCAGCUUCGACCGUAUGCCCAUUACCUGACGGAAUGAGCUUUAACGAAGGAGCUAUUCUCCCAAUGGCUGUAUUACACCUGCGGAAAAAAAAGGGAGCUCUGGUAUGGGGUGGAAGUAGCAGCAUUGGAGGGGCGGGAGUACAACAAGCUGCGAACAUGGGAUAUGUGGUAUAUGCAACUGCUAGCCCACAGCAUCACGAAUACGUCAAGAAACUCGGAGCCUCGAAAGUGUUUGAUUACAAGGAUAGUGAUGUUGUGAAAAAUAUAGUGAAGUCUGCAAAAGAUGAUGGAAUCACGAUCGAUUUGGCAUAUGAUGCUGUUGGUGCACUGCCGUCUAUUUUAGACAUUCUAAAGGCUACGAAGGGUGAUAAUGUCGCUAAGUUGGCAUCAGCAAUCCCCUUGAUACCUCAACCCCCAACUGUGGAAGGUGUAGAUAUCAAGUUUGUUUCGGCGCCAGCGGAUGAUACUGAAAGAAAUGAAUGGUUCCAACGGCUCUAUUGGACUUGGCUAAAGGAGAAACUACAGAUGGGUGAGUUUGUGCCCAGCCCAAGUAUCAAAGUAGUAGACGGGGGACUUGAAUCUGCGAACAAAGCAUUGGACGAGCUUAAAUAA